CAUGAACUCGAUGGAAUGUACCUGAUUAAAAUGUAUCUGUUUAUACUAAGCAAUUCAUUCCAGUCAAAUUUAUCAAUUCGUUUCUCCUCAGUUUCAGGUGCUUUAUGGGCAGAGAAAGAUGUAACGGGAAUUUUGAGAAGAGCGAUCACAAUAUCUUGUCACUACGAAGCACGGAGGUACCAAUCACACAUGAAAUAUUGGGGUCACGGAUGGACUCGUCAGUGUAUGGUUGUGGCAACGACAAAUUGGCCAAAUGGGAGAAUAUCAAUCACUGAUAACAAAACACAAGGAAUAUUUCUUGUCACAAUGAAGAACCUUCAAUGGGGAGAUGCCGGACGAUACAGCUGUGGGAUCGAGACUCCUGACCAUGACCCAAUGUUUAAUGUAAACCUGCACAUCUCUGAAGAAGCCGUCUCUGUUCCUGGACUUCGAUUUUUAUCCCAACCAAAUGUCUCAUGUUCUGGGGGUUCAGUGACAGUCUCCUGUGAGUCUGCCCAGGGAUCCCUCCCCAUUCACUACACAUGGUCUGAGAAGAUGCCAUCUCAAGAUUCAAUGAUCUCUGACACCAAUAAACUGGAUCUACAUUGUCAAUCUUUCUCACAGCAACAUCAUCAAUAUUACUGCUCAGCCUCAAACACUCAAGGAACAAAACCUAGUGAAAUUGUUCAUGUCUCAGUCAGCAAUGUAAGAGAGAAGAACUGCAGUUAUAGGAUACAGACCAACAGCAUCAGUAAGUGUGAUGUAAACAAU